AUGUUUCGAAUAAUUCGAAUAAUUUUUUAUUUUAGAUUGAUGGGUAAUUGUUUAGCCUUAGAUCCUGAGAUAGUAGAAUUCGAAGAUCAUGUAUUUUAUGGACUGAUAAGUUUGUACUAGAAUAAAUAAAAUAUUAGGUGUUUAAUAUUAUUUUCUGGUUUUUGCAGUGGGGCAACAUAAGGUUUAUUAUCAUUGGAUUAAAUAACAAUAGAAGUGAAAAAAAUAUAUGGAACAGAAUAAGAAUAGAAAAUGGGUAUUACAUAAAUAAUAGUAGGCAUCUCGUAUUUUACCUGUAAUAGAAGAGCAUCAUUUAUUAUUAUCAACUUUAUUGGUUGCAAAUUCAUUGGCGAACGAAUCACUUCCAAUUUUUUUAAAAAGAAGUACAGGUGAUUGGAUAGCAUUGUUAAUCUCAGUAAUAUUGGUAAUAUUAUUUGGAGAGAUUUUUCCUUCAGCAA